UUGGACUCAGUAGAUGAUGUGCAGGAUAAAUGUACUCUAAAAGUAGUACAAACUGAACCCAUCACCCUAAAUAUGGUUGCUAUGAAUAGAUCAACUCUACCAACAGAGUCUGAUGCCAGGUCAUGCAGUUCUCAGGACACUGUUGGGCUGACUCCUGUAAGUGACACUUACCUUUCUUCUGACUCCACAUCCAGCGGAUCUCAGGACACUGUUCUUUUAUCGUCCUCUGAGACUACCACAUCAUGCCGUUCUCAAGGAUGGCCAACAAAGUUUAUAGUACCUACUUUCUCCUUUGAUACUGAGCUCUUGCUUUCAGAUGGAAACAAAGCCUACCAAAAGGACGGCACUCUCUUGAACAAUCAUAGAGUGACAAGUAGUGUCCUUGAGACGCUAGCAGAGACAAUAUUUUGUUACACUGCAUAUCCAACAGGUGUCCAAAUUAUGAAUGUAGUGGAGAUGUUGAUUGAAAAGUAUCCAUGCCUCAAAGAGCCAGGGUCCUUUAAUGGACAAUAUGGGUGGCAACAAAGGAUUAAAUAUAAAAUGGGAAAUUAUCGAGCCAAAUUAAGAGGUAGCCAGCUUUCUUGCCCAGAGCUUGAGGUGAACCAGAAAAGGAAGACAAAUGAAAACCCUACUCCAAAAGGCUUCAAAAGACCUAGGAAGGCUGAAGUAAAUUACUUGCCACCAUUUCCAUUUGGGGAAACAGGAGAAAGUUUGGAGAAGGAGAGACUAGAUCUCCUUAAUGAAAUUAGGAAGAAAAACAACAAAAACAUCAUUGGCGAGAAAAUGGAGAAGACUUUCUCCUAUCGAAGAACAGAAGUAGUUAAGGACUGCCCUGCUGUUAAAGAUUUCAUGGAGAGAUGGCCAGCCCUUUUCUGUGAAUCUGAGAUCAAGAAUGAAUUUAGAAGAAUCACCACAAUUUCCUUGGAGCGUACAUUCUUGGAAAAGCUGGACUUCUAUACUCCAAAACUCCUGGCUUUGUUUGAGAUGAAGGGUGGGGUUGCUGGCAUAAGAAUUAGACAUUUGCUGGAUUCACUCAGCCAGCAAGAAGAUAGGCUUGAAGAUAGGCGAGACGUUGUGAUUCGCUGCCUCCUGUCUUUCCUUGGAGAAUCAGCUGAGGAGCUCAUUGAAGACCACCAGGAUGUCAGCAGAGACAUGAUUAAGGAUACCUUCGCCAGUCAUGUCAUGAAAAUCAUCGUCCUGAGCAGAUCUGUAGAAGAGGAAGAUGCCAGUAGAUCUGAUGUCAUCAUUGUCAUCGAGGGAACUGAGGUGCUGCUGGGAUGUAAAAAUCUCACAAAUGCAUGUCUUUCACUCAUGGGCUGCAUUUACUCCCUAAACCUAAGCUAUCCCCCAAAGCUGAGAAACACAUUUGAAGUGUUUCAGAAAAUCUUUCUUGGCCUAGAUGCUUUAAAAUUCUCUCCAAAGGUUAACUCUUUGCAUAGAAAGCUUCUAAUGUAAUCUGCUAGUUGAGCACUACUUGCACUUAUUUACACUACUUAUGCUGUUUUACUGUUUUUUUUUUUUGUUUUUUUUUUGCAUGAAAGGUUGUUCAGAAAACAACUACAACUUCAACUACAGUACUGUUUAACAUAACCAUUCUUCUGGAGACUAUAAAUGCAGAGUUUUAUUUUUUUAUUUUUUGAUGUUUUUGUUCCCUUAGUUUAAUCUUAUUGAAAUUAAAGUUACCUAAUGAAAGGCAGCUACUAGUUUGACAUUAUUUGCACUUUCACACUUUUGUAUUUGAUAUCUGCAACUGAGAUUUUUGUAAAAUGUUUGUUAUAUUUAAAAAGGUAUAUUUUAUGUUUAUAUGUUUAAAUGUUUAUGCAUUUUAAUGCAUGUGUGAUAUUCUAAAAAAGUUUCCUGGAGUAAAAUGCACUAUAGUGCAUCUGAUGCUCUCAUCUGUUAAGGAAUCUCAUAGAAAUAAAAGUAUUCAAGUAAAAUGUAUGUCUGUUAUUUUGUUGACCACCAUUUAAAUACAUCAACAACAUCAAAUAAUAUUUAAAGUAAAGGUUACUCAAAAUU